UGAUGUAAAAUUAAAGAAAAAGCGAAAUCGAGCGCGAACCGACGAGGACCGGAGGUUUCAUUAUCUGUCUUUAUUUUAUGUUUUCGGUUUGUUUUUUCUUUUCGUCUUAUCCGAGUUUGUCGGCGCGUUGAUCCCUUUUUCCACUCGGAUGUGCGAUGUCGGAGGAAAGCCAGACGGACGUCGGAAAGAAAUUGUUUUCCAAAGUUAAGUACAAAGUGUCGGGAAAUGUACCGGACGAGGUACUCGAGAUCCUCAGGGAAGGAGGUGCCGAGGGUUCUAAUUACUUUUCCGAUUAUUUGACCCACUGCAUAGUUGGCGAUGAUCCGACAGACACGGACAUCACAGACGCAAAGGAUUUGUAUGAAAUCCCUGCUGUCAAUUAUGAAUGGGUGACGCUGUCCAAGGAGUGCAACAAGCUCCUCCCUGUAAAGACUUUCAUAUUCGGCGAUGAGCUGUUGUUCACAGGUGUGAACGCAUGUCUGUCUCAGAUAAGCUCGGAAGACUGCACGGUUUUAUGGGCGAUGAUAAGGUUUUACGGUGGUAUCUGCACCCUCAGCCUUACCAAAAGGACGACCCAUUUAAUAGUGGGUAAAGCCGAUGGUGUCAAGUAUAACUUUCUUAUGGGUAGGGAGUCGUGUUCUCAGUUCAUAGUGACGCCGGAUUGGGUUUUAGACUCCAUUUCCUUAAAAAACAGAGCCCAGGAAUCUUUGUACCACCCUAGACUGCUUGUGACUGCGCAGCACGAUCGUAGGAUCUCCGAGCUUUCUGGAACGUUUUCGACCGCUCACAUCACCGGGUUUGCAGAUGAAGAGAUUACGCCAAAGGAAGAGUCGUCAGCCCCAAGAUUUAGCAAUGAGCUUUUGGAACAGCUUAAACAGCGAAUGCCUUGGAACCAGCAGUCCACAGCUUCGACAACGACAUCAUCAGGCAGUGUCAACUUUACAAGCUCGACGAUUGGGCUUGAAGUUAAAGAAGAGCCGAAACCUCCAUUGAUUCAAACUUCCCAGCAUAUCACUCUUCAACAGAAUCUAAAUCAAAACAUCCAGUUGCAAAACAAGCAACAAAUUAUUCAAGUAAUGCAACCUACACAACAGCAAAAAACACAAAUUUUAUUGCAGCAGCAGCAGCAGCAGCAGCAGCAGCAACAACAACAACAACAGCAGCAGCAGCAACAACAACAACAAAGGUUACAGCAGCCUUUACAAACAGGUCCCCAAUGGAGGACACAGACAACAUUACAACAGUCUCAAAUGAUACAUCAACAACUUCAAGGCCAUCAACAACAACAGCAACAGACCUUAGUUCAACAACACUCAGGUAUUGGACAACAGUCUGUUCUAGUACAGCAGCAAUCAAUUUCACAGCCGACGAUUGUUCAGCAACAGACUGUUUUAAGCCAGCAACAAGUUUUGACACAACAGACACUUGGGCAAGGACAGCCUGUUUUGACUCAGCAGACGACAAUGCUGUUGUCACCACAAAAUCAACAUGAAACACAGCAGUUUAUAACAAACCAAGGACAGUUGAUCCAAGGUCGUCCUCAACAGAUAGUACACCAACAGGCCAAGCCUGUAAUUCAGCAACAGUUUAUAGUUAGAGAGGGACCCCCGCCACAACUGGGUCAACAGCAAUAUACAGAAAAUAAGCCUACCACACAAUUUACCUGGCCACAACAGUACAGCCAAAACAGGCAAAUCAUUACCGGCCCUCAGGUUCAGCAAAGGAUCACUUGGACCCAACAGCCUCAGGGCCAAGCUGGGGUGCGUCAAUUCAUUCACAUGGAUGCUCAAACUCAUGCGCAACUUCAGCAAAUGGAACCUCAACAAAGAGGCUUGUUUUUGCAAAGAUUGCAGAAACACCGUCAAUUGACACUACAAAGGCAAAUGCAAGCGCAACAGCAGCAGCAACAACAACAGCGAGGUAUUUUAGAGCAGGGGCAGGUUCAAUUUGGAGUUGUUAGAACAAAUGCACCACAACCUCAGCAGACUACUGUAAUCAGGGGUCAGCUCCCACCAGGUAUCAAUCCGCAGCACCAGUUACAAUGGCUGCAACAGCAAAGGCAGAGUCAAAUCAGGCAACAGGUUUUAGUUCAUCAACCAAAUCAACAAGGGACUGUUGUUGGUGCCACUGCAGGGGCGAUAAGAACUCAAGUGCCACAACAAGCAAUACAACAUCCGCGACUGCCGGUUAACGUUGUGUCACAGCCUGCCCCACAACAACAGCAGCAAGGAUGGCAAGGAGAAACUGCAAAUAUUGCAGGAGUGCAACAGCCCGCAGUAGCUCCUACUCAGCAGCAACAGCAAUUGAUAAAUAUGCGACAUCAACAGCUUCAGUUGCAAAGACUUCAGCAUUUACAGUUACAAAAACAGCAACAGCAAGCUCAACAGCAGCAAGUUCAACAGCAGCAAGUUCAACAGCAACAAGUCCAACAACAGCAAGUUCAGCAACAACAACAACCACAGCAACAAGUUCAACAACAGCCCCAGCAGCCUCAAGUUCAACAAGUGCAGGUACAAGGCCCAACACCACAGAGAAUGCCACAUUAUGUAAAUGCAGCACAAGUAAAUCUGGCAGCUGCUGGAAAUCAACAGGUAAUUUUGCAGCAACAUCAGGUCGAACAAAAUGAUCCCGCUCAUGAUAUUUUCGGUGUCGCUAAUGGUGCACAAGGUCAACAACAGGGUUUAGUAGUGAACUCAAAAACCAAAACAGCACUAGCUAAUAUGUUAAGUAUAAGAUUGCAAAGUGGUGUCACAGCUAGUGGUGUAACUCCUGGCGAUGGGAGUGCCGCUGGUCAGUUGAGAAUGAUGACCGCUCAGCACCAAGCUUUGCCUCCCCCUCCUCCACCACAACCAUCUACACUACAUUUUCAAAGGACAACUUUAGGAAAUGUAAAUAACAAUUCUAGCAUCGUUAGAAGUACAGAAAAUGCAACCCCAGUAGUAGCAGGUGGUGUAAGCAUGGCUAAGCCUGCUGCUUAUGCACAAACUGCAGCUCGGGUGGCAGCUGUGUUACAAAAGAGUGCUUCAGGCGCUCCUGCCACCCAACCACACCGCCAGUUUUAUGGCCAUAAUCCAAAUUUAAAGCUUCCACCAGAUAUGUUUUUAUUAGGGUGUGUUUUUCUGAUAAUGGAAUAUGAUAGAAGCGGCCAUGACGUUACUAUGUGGAGAAGGAUAAUAUUGGAAAACGGUGGCGAGACUGAAUUGACUUAUUCUCCUAGAGUUACUCAUAUUCUUUGUCAAACCCAGAAGCACCCGUUGGUUCAGCAAGGAGUGAGAGAUGGUAAAAGAUGUGUGACUGCUGAGUGGCUAAGUGACAUUAUGUUAAAACAACAAGUACUCCCGCCAUGGUUGGCUUUACAUUUCCCUACGCCUUUCAGUGAUGAAAAACCAUGUAGAAAUUUAAUUAUAAGCCACUCAGGUUUUGAAGGGGAAGAACGAAUUAAAAUAAAAAAGAUGAUCGAAGCUGUCGGGGCAAAAAUGACAAGCUAUUACACGUCGCAUAACAACAUACUUGUUUGUAGAAGACCUGAGGGCGAUAAAUAUAGGAAAGCCAGGGAAUGUGGAAGGUCAGUUGUAAAUGUCCAGUGGUUAAAUGAAGUACUUUUUGGUCAUUAUUCUUGCCUUCAGCAUCCAGAAAAUCAUAAAUAUCAACAAUUUAACCUAGGGAAUCCAUUUCGAAUUGAUUACACUCUUGUACCUCAUUUGAUGGGAGCAUGGAAAAUUCCGAUUCAAGUAACCCAGGAAUGCUAUGAAAGAGCCAAGGCGAGUGGUAUUGUCGGACCAAAAAGAAAACGUCCUCGUCUUUCAAGUCCUACCAACAGCAAUAAUUUCGAACAAGAAAAUAUGUAUCCAAUCGAUAAUGCCUUCCCUCCAAUUACACAACCGAAAGCAGUAAUUAUGUUUUCUGGCCUGGAAGGAAAAAAUAUGGAGCACGAGAACAAAGUGUACCAUCUUGGUGGAUCUGUGGCCAAAAAUUGCCGUGAAGCUACCCACUUGGUUAUGGGUAAAGUUCAAAGAACGCUAAAAUUUAUGUGCGCUUUAUCAACAUGUCGUUACAUUGUAGAUUUAAAAUGGUUAACAGACAGUUUUGCAAGCAGUAAAUUUUUAGAUGAAAGCAAUUAUGUGGUUGACAAUACCGAAUUUGAGCAGAAAUACAAUUUUACUAUUCAGAAAGUUCUAUCUAACACAGAUCGCUCCCGACUUUUUGUCGGUAGGAUGUUCUACAUAACACCAGGAGUUGUACCGUCGAGAGCCUCGCUCACGGAAAUGGUGCAGUGUGCAGGUGGAGUCGUAGAAAAACAAAGAAAAUCUCUGAAGCACAUUCAGGAAUUGGAUAUAAACAAUUAUUUUGUAAUUACAAUCGCAAACGAUUUUCACCUCGUUAGCGAUAUAAUUCGAGCUAAUAUACCGGUCUAUGGGGCCGAGUUUGUUAUGACUGCCAUUUUAACACAAAAAUUGCCAUAUGAUAUGGCAUUUAGGAGAAAUAAUCAGAAAAAUAAAGUUUAAAACUAUUUUUGCGAAACUUAUAUUAUUUAGAUUUUUUUUUAUUCAUUGUGCAUAUUUGUCCAAAAGUGGCUGGAAAAGUUUUGCAAUAUUUCAUUUUUCUCUCCUCCGCAAUGUAACUUUGUGAAUAUCUAUGUUAAAUUUUCUGACUGAGGAAUUCUGUUGAGAAUUAUCCUUGUUAGUAUGUAAAAAGCAUUUCUUUUUCUAAUAGCCAAUUUAAAAUUUUUAGUUAUAAACUUAAAAGAGUACAAAAUCCUUAUUUGUGGAUUGGAAAAAAAAAGGAAACUAUUUUUAAAAAAUAAU